ACCAAUUAGUUACAUUCAAAUUGUUUCCUAUCCCAACAUUUUUUAACAUUCAUUAUUUGUUACAUUCGUUGUUGUGUGGCAAAUUUUACAUAAUGGAACUGCACGAAAAUUUCAGUGUUAUUAUAAAUGGAACAUAUCACGAAAUUGACGCGAAUAAACUUUCACCGUCAACAACACUUAACAGUUUUUUGCGGGAGUAUCUUCAUCUGACCGGUACAAAGCGCAUGUGCCUGGAAGGCGGCUGUGGCACAUGCGUGGUAGCGGUAAAAAGAAAAAAUAAUGUUACAGGAGAAUAUGAAACUGUUGCCGUAAAUUCAUGUUUGGUUUCAAUUUUCUCGACCUACGGAUGGGAAAUCUAUACAAUAGAAGGCCUUGGAACUUACGAUUGUCCAAGUAAAUUGCAGAGCGUCAUCACCAAGUUCCAUGGUACACAAUGCGGAUAUUGUACACCUGGAAUGAUAAUGAACAUGCAUGCACUGAAAGAAACCAAACCGGAUCUGACCAUGGAGGAGGUUGAAAAUUCGUUUGGAGGAAACAUUUGUAGAUGUACCGGUUAUAGAUCGAUUUUGGCAGCUUUCAAAUCAGUUUGCAAGGACGCUACUCAGGAUUUAUUAAACAAAUGCGGCGAUAUUGAAGACCUACCAAUAUGUCCAAAAAAAUUAAGAAACGGAAAUUGCUCAUUGAACACGAAUACGCCGUUUUAUUAUAAACUAGAUGGACUAUCUUGGAUAAAAGUCACUACGGUCAAUGAUUUAUUGCAAGUCAUCAAAACGUUUCAUCCAGUAAAAAAUGGAAAUGUGAAUUCUUAUACGAUAGUGGCUGGAAAUACUGCUCGAGGAGUAUAUAAAAAGGCAACUACCUACAAAGUCUACGUAGAUAUACAGGAUGUAUCGGAGUUAAAAAGCCAUUUGUUGCUUAAAACUGGACUAGUUGUAGGUGCCAAUAUGACACUAUCAAGAGCCAUAAUGUUGUUUAACGAAUUAUCAGAACAGAAACCCAAGUUGAGAUACUUGAAAAAGGUGGCAGACCACAUCGAUUUGGUGGCCAAUGUACCGGUGAGGAACAUUGGUACGUUGGCUGGAAAUCUCAUGAUAAAACACGAAUACAAGGAAUUUCCAUCGGAUAUAUUUUUGGUUUUGGAAACUGUCAACGCUAUUAUACAAAUAGUUGACGUGGAUGAAAAGGAAACGCUAGUUACUCCGGUCGAGUUUUUAAAAACUGAUAUGGAAAAUAAAAUUAUCAAGAAAAUUUUCCUGCCAUUUUUGACUGAGUCGCAUUUCUUUGAUAGCUUUAAGAUAAUGAGACGAGCCCAAAACACGCACGCCUCAAUCAACGCCGCCUUUUUAUUAAAACUAUCUAAACAACAUACGGUAGACGAAUGCAAUAUCGUGAUGGGUUGUCUGGACUUGAAAAUUCACGCUACAGACACGGAAAAAUAUUUAAUCGGUAAAAAGAUAUUCACGAACGAGGUCAUGCAGCAAGCUUUUAAAAUAUUGGACAAGGAAUUGGCGCCUGGGUAUGAUUUAAUGCAUCCCAAGCCUCAAUUCAUUAAAAAAUGCGCUAUAAGCUUGUUUUAUAAGUACAUCCUGAGUAUUGCUCCCAAACAACUAGUAUCUGCAAAAACCUACACUGGCCGUUAUAAGUUAAAACGUCCUGUAUCAAAGGGAACGCAAAUUUACGAAUCUAUAAAAGAAAUGUAUCCAAUAUCGUACCCUGUAGCAAAAAAAGAGGCUCUACAUCAGACGACAGGUGAAGCUGAUUAUAUAUCUGACAUGCCAGAUUUACCCGAACAGUUACAUGCAGCUUUUGUAGUAGCCAAAACUGAGCCUCUUUCAAGAAUUUUAAAAAUAUAUAAGGACAAAGCAUUGGAAGUCGAUGGUGUAAUAGCGUUUUUCGACAAGACCGACAUUCCCGGAAGAAACACCUUCACUCCCUUGGGUUCAAAUCUGUUCCCUACUGAUCCCGUUGAGGAAGAAUUAUUUUGUAGUGGUGUCGUCCAAUACCAUUGCCAACCCAUUGGAGUGGCAGUGGCAACAUCGAGAGAACUUGCAGAGAAAGCCGCUGAUCUCAUAGAAGUUGAUUAUCAGAAAGAAGAUCAACCUGAGUUUGAGACGAGAGAAAUUCUGAGAAAGAACAAGAUGGAUAGGGUCAAACAAUUUGUGAUGCAUGAAGCUAAAGAUAGAGGGCGUGAUGUAGCAAAAGUUGUUAAAGGAACUUGGGAUAUGGGUUGGCAGUCGCAUUUCUACAUGGAAACCCAAUGUUGUAACGUUGUUUACAAAGAAAAUGGGUUAGAAAUUUGGUCCAGUACCCAAUGGAUGAAUUUAAACCAAUUCGCUGCCUCUGUUGUAUUGAAUAUACCAUCAAAUAUGAUAAAUGUCCAUGUUAAACGUGUAGGCGGAGCUUUUGGUGGCAAAAUCGUACGAAACGCUCAAAUAUCAACGGCUGCAGCUCUGGCAGCUGUCAAACUCAAAAAACCCAUAAAAAUGUGGCUGCCUAUGGAGCAGAAUUUUGCUAUAAUUGGAAAAAGGCAUGCCAUUUCCAGCGACUAUGAGAUAGCUAUCAGUAAAGAUGGAAAAAUUCAGUAUUUGAACAAUGAUUUUUAUGUUAACCAUGGUUUGGGAGGCAACGAAGAUGUCAUAGAGAUAACGCUGGAAAUAAUACAAGAAGGACCGUAUAAUAAUGAUAUAUUUAACAUCAACGCUAAGACGGUGAGAUCAGAUAUGCAGAGUGCAGCUUAUGUUAGGGGACCAGGAUCAGUAGAAGGUCUAGGAAUGUUAGAAAGUAUAUUAGACCAUGCUGCGUCAGUCAUACAUAUGGAUCCCUUGGAAUUCAGAAUGAAAAAUUUGAGAGACAAAAAAAUAAUAGAACAUAUGAAUGAUUUCUUAGAGUGGGCCGAUAUUAUAAAAAGGAAACAAGAAAUUUACGAAUUUAAUGAAAAAAACCUUUGGAAAAAGAAAGGCAUGUCAGUUGUACCAAUGGUGUUCCCCAUUGAACUAUUUACGAAUUUGGGUGUAUUGGUCGCCAUAUAUCACGCUGACGGAAGUGUAGCGAUAUCUCAUGGAGGGGUAGAAAUUGGUCAAGGUGUAAAUACAAAGGCUAUUCAAGCUUGCGCUUAUAAACUUGGAAUACCAAUGGAAAAAAUAAGCGUGAAAGCCAGUAAUAAUGUGAUAGGAGCGAAUUCAGGUAUGACCGGUGGCAGUUUAACAAGUGAAGGAAUAUGCUGGGGUGUAAGCAAAGCGUGCGACAUUCUUUUGGAAAGAAUAAAGCCUAUAAAAGAAAAAAUGCAGGACCCCAAAUGGGAAGAUCUUGUAACUGAAAGCUUCAAAAAUAAUAUCAAUUUAGUUGCACAAUCAAUGUAUUCCUCUGCGUGCCCAGAUCUGAAUAGAUACAAGGUGUAUGCAGUUGGCGCCGCGGAAAUAGAACUCGACGUUUUGACAGGCCUUCAUCAGGUCACCAGGGUAGACAUUUUGGAAGACGUGGGAGACACCAUGAAUCCCGAAAUUGACAUUGGUCAAAUCGAAGGUGCUUUUGUCAUGGGCAUGGGAUAUUUUACCACCGAAAAGGUCGUAGUUGGUGAAAACGGGGAAAUUUUGUCCAAUAGAACUUGGAAUUAUACUCCUCCGGGUGCCAAAGACAUUCCUAUUGAUUUUAGGAUAAAGCUUCCCGGUAAAAAUCCCAAUCCUGUAGGAGUUUUGAAGUCGAAAGCCGUUGGAGAACCAGCCCUGUGUUUAGCUGUUACCGUGCCUCUAGCGAUACGAAAUGCUGCAUCGACAGUGAGAAAAUAUUUCGACAAUUCUUCCUCUUCCUGGUAUCCCAUUAAUGGACCUUCAGAUGUUGAGAACACCUUUAUAAAUUGUUUACACAAUUACCAAAUGUAUACCUUGUAAAAUUGUUUUUACUAAUAAUAAUAUAUCGCUUAAUCUUUUUUAUUUAUACAUAUAAGUGUUUAUUGUACCAUUAAGUAUAAUUUAGUUUUAGUGAAUAAACUAGUUAUUAAUAAAUUAAACGCUACUUUCAGAAGCUACGAAUAAUUUUUGUUAAUUAAUAAAUAACAAAUAUAAUUUAAUAUAUAAAUAUUUUCCCAUC